AUGUUUGAAAACCUUAAAGCAUUUAUAAGGCAUGGUAAGCAAGCCAAUGAACUAAAGAAGAAACAACAACAGAAACAACAACAAUAUCAAUUGGAGAUACAAAAUUCUGAUUCCCUGCAAACACCAACUACUUAUACCAAUACCAACGACAACAAUAACCCAUACCAAACAAAUUACACUCAUCAAGGUGGUGCCACAGAUGACACAUUUGGUACAUCUGCUACUUUAAAUGAUGCUAUUAUGAGUUAUGAAGGAGAUCAACCAAAACAACAGGAACAACAAAACUAUAGUGUUGUUGCCACCCAAUUAGUAGAAGAAGAACGUUUAGAACGACAACAGACUUCAAGAAACUUCCCUGAUUUAGAUCGUUAUGAAAUAUUAGGACAAAUGGGUGAAGGUGCCUUUUCAGUAGUUUAUAAAGCACGAGAAAUUAGUACUGAGAAAGAAGUUGCCAUUAAAGUACUACGUAAAUUUCAAAUGGAUGAAAAACAAAAGCAUGCAGUAUUGAAAGAAGUUACAAUAAUGAGACAAUUAAAUCAUCCAAAUAUUGUAAAAUUUAUUGAAUUUAUUGAUUCUUCAGUUUAUUAUUAUAUUGUCCAAGAAUUAGCUCCUGGUGGUGAAAUAUUUACUGCCGUGGUUAAAUAUACUUAUUUUUCAGAAGAUUUAGCUCGUUGGGUAAUUGUUCAAGUUGCUCAUGCUAUUAAAUAUUUACAUGAACAAGUUGGUAUCGUUCAUCGAGAUAUUAAACCGGAAAAUCUUUUAUUUUUCCCCAUUGAUCAUUAUCCAAGUUCCAAUCCGCGUGCUAAAUUACGUAAAUCAGAUGAUCCAAAUACCAAGAAAGAUGAAGGAGAAUUCUUACCUGGUGUAGGAGGUGGUGGUAUUGGAAUUGUUAAAUUGGCUGAUUUUGGAUUAUCAAAACAAAUAUGGGAACAUAAUACCAAAACCCCUUGUGGUACAGUUGGUUAUACCGCCCCGGAAAUUGUAAGAGAUGAAAGAUAUUCGCGGGAAGUUGACAUGUGGGCAAUUGGAUGUGUAUUAUAUACUUUAUUAUGUGGAUUCCCUCCAUUUUAUGAUGAACGAAUUGAAACAUUGACUGAAAAAGUCGCCAGGGGUGAAUAUACAUUUUUACAACCUUGGUGGGAUGAAAUUAGUUAUGAUGCUAAAAAAUGUGUAAGUAAAUUAUUAACAGUAGAUCCGAGAAAAAGAUAUACAAUUCUGGAAUUCUUACAAGAUCCAUGGAUAAAGAAAGGUUCAAACAAAUAUCCAACAGUUCCAAGUCCAAUCAAUGAAUCAAUUCCUGCUGCAGCAGCUGCGACUGUUAAUGCCAAACAUCCAAUUCAAUCAGUUAAUAAAUAUUCCAAGAAAUUUCAAAAUAAUUUCGACCCUGAAUUAUAUUCACCAGCAGCAGUGGCACUUCGGGACGCUUUUGAUAUUUCAACAGCCGUACAUCGUAUGAAUGAAGAAGCAGCACUUUCGGCCAACAUUCCACCUCCAAUGCAAGAUCUUGUUGAAGAGGAAGAACUGGAAGAUGAAGAAGAACAAGAGAAUUUAGUCAUGUAUGAAAAACGUCAAACUGAGAAACAAAAGUAUGUGAAACAAGUUGAUAAUAGAAGAAUUCAUCAUCAACAAUAUAAAGCUCAUAUUAGUCCACAACAGAAGGUAUUUGAUUUAAAUCUUGGUGGGGCGUCGAUUUUGGAAAGAAGGAAACUUAAACAAGUUUCUAUUCCGAUCAGCUAG